UUUUUCGUGGAUUUAACGGGUAUUGCUGGACACAGGGAAUCAGGGUUACUGCUUCUUUAAGUUCUCUUGGGGGGAUGGGCUAUUUUCAUAACGUCAUUUCAUUCCUCCCUCUUUUUCAUUUUGUCAUUCUUUGAUUCUUUUUCUCCCCCCAUUUCCUAAAUGGAACAGAUUGCCCGAGCCUUUUCAUUUCCUAGCUUUCCCAAUUUUUAUUCAAAGUUACUCUUUUUAUUUUUCAGGAUUAUUAAGUUGAACUUUUCUUCUGUGUCAUCAUUUUUGGAGGGCUAACACCUUAGUGGACGUAAACUGCAAGUCAAUUGAGGCGAUGGUGGAGGCGUUUAUGGUGAUGAUGAUGAUGAUGAUGAACUGUAAAAGAAUGAUUCACUAACUUGUCUGUCUUUUGCUACCUGACAAGUCGAUAUAAGUUCAUUUUCAUCAUGAUGUACUCUCCUCUCUGUCUUACUCAGGAUGAGUUUCAUCCGUUCAUCGAGGCCCUACUGCCUCAUGUGCGUGCCUUUGCCUACACCUGGUUCAACCUGCAGGCGCGCAAACGCAAGUACUUCAAGAAGCACGAGAAGAGGAUGACCAAGGAGGAAGAGCGUGCAGUGAAGGACGAGCUGUUGGGAGAGAAGCCCGAGGUCAAGCAGAAGUGGGCGUCGCGGCUGCUGGCCAAACUCCGCAAGGACAUCCGGCCCGAGUGCCGCGAGGACUUUGUUCUGUCUAUCACAGGGAAGAAGACCCCCUGCUGCGUCCUCUCUAACCCUGACCAGAAGGGCAAGAUGAGGAGGAUCGACUGCCUGCGUCAGGCCGACAAGGUGUGGAGGCUGGACCUGGUCAUGGUCAUCCUGUUCAAGGGCAUCCCGCUGGAGAGCACGGACGGAGAGCGCCUGGUCAAGGCUGGGCCAUGCAACAACCCCAUCCUCUGUGUCCAGCCACACCACAUCAGCGUCUCGGUCAAGGAGCUGGACCUCUACCUGGCCUAUUUCGUACAGGAGAGAGAGUCAGAGCAGAGCAGUAGCCCACGCACAGGUAUUGGGUCAGAUCAGGAGGAUAGCCGAGCUGCCACCAUGGAUGCUCCUGAGUUUCAGGAAAGCUUUGUGACGUCAGGAGUUUUUAAUGUAACAGAGCUGGUGCAAGUGUCCAGAACUCCGGUGGUGACGGGGGCAGGCCCUAACUUCUCUCUGGGAGAGCUGCAGGGGCAUCUGGCCUAUGACCUUAACCCCUCAGGGGUGGGCAUGAGGAGAACCCUGCCCAGCACCUCCUCCAGCGGGAGUAAGAGGCACAAGUCGGGCUCCAUGGAGGAUGAUGUGGACACCAGUCCUGGGGGGGAGUACUACACCUCUCCCAACUCCCCGGCUAGCAGCUCCCGCAACUGGCAAGAGGAUCUGGAAGGAGGCAUGUCCCCUGGAGUAAAGAAGACAGAGAUGGACAGCCCGUCUCCUCAGGAGAGCUCCCCACGUCUCGGCUUCACACAGCACCACCGGCCCGUCAUCGCAGUGCACAGUGGGAUCUCUCGGAGUCCGCACCCCUCCUCGUCUUUGCACUUCCCCACCACCUCCAUCCUGCCCCAGUCCACCUCCUACUUCCCCCACACCGCCAUCCGCUACCCGCCACACCUCAGCUCCCAAGACCCGCUGAAGGACCUGGUCUCCCUGGCCUGUGACCCGUCCAACCAGCAGCCCAGCCCAGUGAGUCCAGCCCAUCUAACAACUCUAACUAAGGCCCAGAGUUUGUCCUGGUCAGGUCAUGUGCUGAACGGCAGUGGUCAAGUGAAGGUCCCCAGUCACUACAUCUCCUCCCAGAUGCUGGCGCCUCCUCCGCCCCCUGGAAUGCCCCGACUGACGCUGCCCUCCGACUCCAAGUCCAGCACCACCACCUCGGACGGGGGAGCCAACUCCCCCACGUCACCCAGUAAGUGGGCCGCUGCAUACUCAGCUCCUGGGACGCCCCCUGCCAACCGCUCCUUUGUCGGGAUCGGACCUCGAGACCCUGGCUCACUCUACCAGGCACAGUCCUGGUACCUGGGGAACUAAACAACACAAGGAUCAUCGAAAGGGGCAGGGACACAUGGAUUUGAGAUUCAACACUUUUUGUGGAAUUAAGAAAAUUGCAAAUGAGAUGCAAGAGGGAAAGUGUAUAUAUAUAUAAAUAUAUGUGUGCAUAUAUAUUUAUGUAUAUCAACAUAAAAGAUGCUUCAACACACCUUUUUGGAAUGCAAGACAGAGGCAGAGAGAGCAGCGCCAAGGAAAGAAAGAGAAAAGGUUUGUGCAGCCAAAAUGAACGGUGGGGCAGAGACAUGACCCCAUGACCCCCCCUGUCCCCAGGAUAGUACCCCUCCUCUUUAACACCCCCUCUGCUACAGGUGCUGCUUCCUCAUAUAUGCAAAAUAAGUAUCCUUUAAUUUCUUAAUCAACAAGAAAGAGAAGAAUCCGGAUCCAGAGUCAUUAUACUUUUCCACACUUCUUCGGAGACGGUAAAAAACCAACUCUUUGAAAGUAGUUAGGGGAGGCUGGUCACACAUGGUCAAUAACCUCCCUUAACCCAUGAAGAGUCUGCUUUUCAUCCAGUUUGAUCGACAAUCCUGUAUCUGUGUCAGUUACGUUGUUAAAAGAGUGGGGUAUUUUUAAGACUUCAUUUAACACAGCCCAUUUGUCGUGUUUAAAAGUGUCUUCUAUGAGGCACAGUGAUAUGCAUACACAAUCAAAAGGAUCUGUCUUUAGAGCAGUAGAGAGCAUCGUAAAAAGACAGGUACUGUAACAGGUGUGUUAGUUUUCACAAUAACUGAUACGCCCUUUUGUGCCUGUCAACUGUUGUCUGUUUGUUUAGACAUUUGUUUGUGUAUGCAUACGAUUCAAACAUAGUGAAACCUCCUCUUCCUAUCCUUGCCCCACUCUUGAGUUAAUAUUGCAUAAAGUUUGUAUUAAUGUAGAUAACAAGGGUUUAUUCUGCAUAGUGACAAAGGGAGUACAAAAAUAGUAAUGUCACUAUUGAAACAGUAUUGGGUGUAGAGGGGAGAAUCUUUCUUUUUUUGUGUAUUUAGUUUAAAUUGCAUUGGACAUUACAGGCAUUGCACUACUAUAAUGUAAAUGUUUCCUUUUUAGCAGCUAUCCCUUGGCCUAAUCAUAUGAAAUGUUGCAAGUCAGAGGUGGGUUUUAGGAUUAUGUUGUAGAAACUACUAUGUUGUGUUGCUUUGGUAGCAGGGUACAAGAGUUAUGAGUGUUGGCUUUCUUGAGCUAUCGAUUAGGAUCAGAACAAUCCAGCCCUGUUGUGUUUCAGAUAUUCUAUACUCAUCUAGAGGACGUUUCCUUGUGUAUGUUGAGGUACAGGGACUCCUGACAGGUUUAGGUAAUCGCACCCUUUUGGAUCUCUUUCUACAUCCUGUGUAUCUAAGUCACACUUUUAUUAUCUUACUCAUGCUGUCUUUAUAUAAUCGAAAACAAAAAGCAAUUUAUGAAUCUUUUUUUAAAGCAGAUCACAUACUUUGGAUGAGUCGAGAAGAAUGUGAAUGAUUUGAUCAUUAGAAGCGUGUCUGUAAAGGUAACCAUUGAUAGUGCCACCACUGACCCCAGACCUAAUGGUUGCUAGGCCAACAGCACUGCAUGUAUCCAUGUGUGCACAUAGCAUGAUUCUGGCUCAUUGAUGACGGGCAACUGACUGACCAGCAGUGUCCAUCACCAAUCUAUUUGGUCAGAACUUUCUUUACAGGUUUUGUCCUUGUCUCAUUUGCUAAUGCAAUGUUUGUGACAACAGACUUUGUUGCAGCAUGUGUUGGGAUGGAUGCAGAUACAUAUGUAUAAAUUGAAAACAUCAGGACUUAAGACUCCCCAAGCCCAAACCAUAUAUACAGCCAUGAAAAGUGCCUAAGACAUAGCAAGAGUUCUUUCUACAAUUUCUUUGUAUUGUUGUUUUGGUUUGUUUGAAGUACUGCAAACAUCAAUGAGCUCUAGACAGGCAACAGAUGUGGUGUGAGAGAGAGGUGUGAUGCACAGAGGGGGAGAAGUUAUGGAGAGCUCACAGCCCUAACCUGUCUCCAGCCAAAUGCACCUUCCAUGUGUUUUUCUGAGCACAGGCUUCUCAUUGGUUGUCUGCUGGGGACAAGCUAAGAAAAGUAUAAAACUCUGCUAUCAGCAGUGACAUAAUUAAACCAACAUAUCAAAGCUAUAUACACACACACACACACACACACUGAACAUAAAUGUAAACGCAACAUGUAAAGUGUUGGUCCCAUGUUUAUGAGCUGAAAUAAAAGGUCCCAGAAAUGUACCAUAAGCACAAAAAGCUUAUUUCUCUCAAAUUUUGUGCAGAAAUGUUUACAUUCCUGCUAGUGAGCAUUUCUCCUUUGCCAAGAUAAUCCAUCCACCUGACAGGUGUGGCAUAUCAAGAAGCUGAUUAAACAGCAUGAUCAUUACACAGGUGCACCUUGUGCUGGGGACAAUAAAAGGCCACUCUAAAAUGUGCCGUUUUAUCACACAACACAAUGCCACAGAUGUCUGAAGCUGAGGGAGUGUGCAAUUGGCAUGCUGGCUGCAGGAAUGUCCACCACAGCUGUUGCCAGAGAAUUUAAUGUUCAUUUCUCUACCAUAAGCCGACUCCAACAUUUUUUUAGAGAAUUUGGCAGUACGUCCAACCGGCCUUGACUGCAGACCACGUUUAUGGCAUCAUGUGGGCAAGUGGUUUGCUGAUGUCAACGUUGUGAAUUGAGUGCCCCAUGGUGGCAGUGGGGUUAUGGUAUGGACAGGCAUAAGCUACGGACAAAGAACACAAUUGCAUUUUAACAAUGGCAAUUUGAAUGCACAGAAUUACUGUGACAAGUUUCUGAGGCCCAUUUAUUUUAAGGUAUCUGUGAGCAACAGAUGCAUAUCUGUAUUCCCAAUCAUGAGAAAUCCAUAGAUUAGGGCCUAAUGAAUUGAUUUCAAUUGACUGAUUUCCUCAUAUGAACUGUAACUCAGUAAAAUAUUUGAAAUUGUUGCAUGUUGCAUUUAUAUUUUUGUUCAGUGGAGAGAGAGAGAGAGAACACAGAUGCAGAUAUUGCUCAUUAAGACAGAUACACUUCUAGGGAAUAAUAUCCAUACACGCUGGUUACGAAAAGCUAACCUUUAAAUAUGGCUUUGCAAUGGAAAACAUCAAAUUUGCGGUGAGUGUUCCAAUUCACAUCUGUUGUUUAACAUACCUACAAUAACUUGUUUUAAAAGGUGCUCAUAUGAAAUGAUACUGAUAUAUAUUCAUGCAUGGUGCUUUCAAAAGAAAUCAUGAGAUACCAGCUCUAUCGACCACCAUAAUGCUGACAUGGGUGCAUGGCAGAAACUCUUACUACCCUUCUGAAGCUGACCCCCCUGCCCCCAAUAGCUCUUCCCUCUAAUCUUUGGAACAGAGAGCAAAUAAUGCUGAUGGGUUCUUACCUUUUUACCUAAUUGUUUGGAUUUUUAUUCCCUAUUUUUAACUUCUAUUUUGCACGAUAUUUUAUAUAACACAUUAUGUGCCUUGCCUUUAGUUAAGAACAAUAAUACAUGAUACAAAUUAUGUAAAUUCAUUUCUCUUUUUGGUGUAACCGGUAACGCUGCAAAAAUGACAAAAAACAUUGCUGCAUGUUUGAUUGCUUGUCAUUAUCCAGUUUAGAUGAAUACAGUAGUAGAUUAAAGUAGUGACAGUUUGCGUUUAUCGAGAUGGGGUAUUUUCACCAUUUUCCCUUUCUGUGGUUAUUAUACAGUAGUAUUUGUCAUUCCAUCACAUGGAAUCCUUGCUACAAUUUAAUCGUGUUAAUUUCUUCGUUUUUAUUGACUCUUGUUGCUUUCCCUUUCAUUAUGUCUUCCAGCUUGGUGUAAUAUGUGAAAUAUGCAACUCUUGUUUCCUCUGCUCAGCGAUUUGCUUAAGUUGUAUUUUGCCCCCUUUUUAAAGCUCUUCUUCAAUGAUAAAGAAUGUGCUGCAAGAAUUAGAGAAAAUGUCCAAGUACUCCAAUUCAAGAUGGAGGUCAGGGUAGAGAGCUGUGAGGGAUGUGUUGUAGGUGAUCAGGCUCCUAGCACGGGACAGAGCUGUAAAGCACUGAGAUGGGCUUACAUUUCCCCCAGCACCAUGGCAACUUCUGCCUCUGCAGACAAUUUUUGGCACCAAAUGACCAGAACUGAAUAUGGGGUACAUUUUGUCCCACUAUUUUGUUACAUUACAACCUGCGAGUCUCCUAUACGCAGAUAGUUAAAUCGAAGCACUUUAAUAGCUUUUCAAACAGAACAUUUAAAAAUAUAUAUAUAUGAAUCUCUAUCCAUAUGCUAAAACAAGGGAAAUUACUCAUUUGGAAUUGUUUAAGGAUAAAGCUGAAGCUUCCGAGACAAAUUCUUGACAUGGAAUGCUAACUGUCUUAUUAUGUUGUGUCAGUGAUGAGCAGGGCACAGUGCUUCACAUCUUUGUUUUUGUUUGUGUGUUUCAUGGGUGUAUGAGAUAGAAAGGGAUUGAGAUCGUGUGAGUGUGUGGCUAGAUCUGGUUCUCAGAUUGCACAUACAUAAAUCGGCCGAUAGCAAAGAGAGAGAGAGUGUAUUAGGUGUAUUGGGGAAAGGAGUGUUCAAAAACACUAGAUGUGGAUUUCACUUCAGAAGACUGAAAACGAGAGAGAGAGAGAGAAAAGGAUGGGGUAUUUUAGCACUACUAGAUGGAAUUGUCGGAGAAGAGUAGAAAUGUGUGACACAAUAAACUAGUGCAGUGAGAUGCAAUAAUGACAUGAUAAAUUCCCCUCCUCAAUUUUAUACCUUGUGAUUUAGAGUUUUUGCAUCGCACUGCAUUUUCCAUCGGGUUAAGGGGUCAAAUUAUUUCACUGGGAAUAUGCACAAUACCUGGAUGUUAUUGAAAUUAACUGAUCAAAAAUCUGUAAAAAAUUAAAAUAAAAUGUAAAAAACGACACAAAAAAACAAUUGAAGGUUUCAUAACACUGGCUACAAUAGAAUGUUAAGCUUUAUGUACCAUGUGUAGAUUAUUAUUUUCAUGUUUAGUGUGUAGUUACCUUUUUAGGUUCUCCACAUUUAGGUCCAUUGUGUGGAAUCUACAAAUCCACCUUAUGUUGUUUUGAAUAUUAGCCCUUCAGAAGUAUAGACUGACCUAGUCAGAAUCAUGGUAUAGAGAAUGAAAACAGCAGAAAAUCUCUUCAUAGCUGUUCAAAUUACUGAAAGAUGCCAAGACAUUAGUUUUUUUAUUAGAGGGUAGAUUAUAAUUGAUCAUUUCUUACUGCAUAGUGUAAUGGGAGUAUAUUGAAUAAGAGAGGAUAUUGUGUAUUUUUUUCAGCAGGGUCAAAAAGGCCAUGUGAAGGUUUGUUAUGCAGUGUACAGUAUUGUUUCUGCAAUGGAUAUUGCAAUGCUGGUAGCUAUUGAGAAUUCAAGUAAAAUGGCAGAACAAGAGGUCUUGUUUACAUCAGUGUUUUCUAACUCCAGCACCUCCAACAAUACAUCUAUUUGUUGCAUCCCUGGACAAGCACCCCUGAUUCAACUAAUCAUCAAGCCCUCAAUGAGUUGAAUCAGGUUAGUCAGGGACUACAACAGAAAUGUGUACUGUUGGGAGUACUCGAGGACUGGAGUUGGGAAACGCUGGUUUGCAUGCCCUGCUUAAGAUCUUGGCGAUGACGGUUUAUGUGUCCCGGUCCACAGUCCCAGGUUGAAGUGGCGUGCUGUAGCAAAGGCAUUCCAUCAAAUCCAUACGAUCCUCAAGCUCAACAAAAUGCUGCCGUCAUUCAGCAAGCUCAUUUAUAUUUGUUAAACAGGACAUGUGGUGAGGCAAGCGUCUGCUCCUGAUCAAAGACGUCCCACGGUGUGGGCUAUGUCCCUGGGCUCUGUCAUGUGUCGAAGGAGGACAAGGCCAACAGACGUGUUAACCAUACACCCAGUACAGUCAGUGGGCUAGUUGGAGCACAAGGCCCAUAAUCAAGUCAUCACAUUCGCCUCCUAGAUUUCAGCAUGGACUCCAAUUACUGCUGUAGUACUGAGGGCGCCAAAGUGCUCAUGUUUGGUAGCGCUGGCGAAUGCUCAAGCUUCCUGUAUGUCGACUUAUUGGGCUUUUCAAAACACUACAUUUGGAUGUUUUAAACACACACAAUUAAUGGAAAUAGAGAAAGUAUCCCAUGUAAAGUUCCCCUCUGGUUCUAACUGUACAGUAGCAGCAGACGCUGGAGUCUCAUGACAUGUUCUGUGAAGAUUUGCACUGCUCCACACUCACCUCUCCAGUCCAGUUUACCCUCCAGCCUGGGUCUGACUUGGACACAUAGGGACAUGGGUAGUCUAGCCAGCACAGUGGUCCUUCAGCACACCGUCUUCUUUUUUCAUUUGCUUUUUCUAACUAAACUCGGCUAUACAUUAUAUUAUUAUGACAGCGACAUAGACUUUUGUUUUCAGAGCAGGUGUUCCCCCCCACCCCCCAACACUUUUUAAAGUGGCCACAGGUGAUGGUUGAGCUUACUCUGAAAGACAUUAAUAUGCAUUCGAUACUGAUGCAUGUAAAACAUUAUCUUAUUAUAUUUCAAAACCCUUACUAAUAUUUUUGUAGUAAUUAUUAUCAUUGUGAUUAUUGUAGGAUUGUUACAUUUUGGACACAUUAUCCUGUGUAUAAAUGCUUACAGUAUAUCAAUGAGAAUGAAAUAGGCAAAAUGUACAUACCAUUUUUUUCCUUUUUUUGUAUAAGAAAGUACAUGUUUAUGUUUGUGUUUAGAUUUAGUUGUUAUAAGCUUGUGGCCAAGCCGCAAAAUAUAAGAAUUCCUUCUUAGGGUUCUGCUAUGGUUGGUAUGAGCUCACCACCAAUGCUGCAUGCCUUUUUAAACAAGGUACCUGUAUUUGGUUUUACUAACCCUGAAACUUGGACUCCAGUAAUUUCAGCAUCACUUGUUGUCAUUUUAAACAGAUACAAAAGCUUCAAUAAGCCUCAAGGGGAUAUGCAAAUUCCAUUGCCAUUUAUGUAGAAUUUUUUCCACAAGUCAUCUAACAGUUCUGCACUUCUUUUUAUUUUCACUGUUGCUGUGCAAGCUUCAAGAUCUCAAACACUUUCCUUCUAUUUGGAAGGUUGCACUAAAUAACCUGGUAUUGAUGUUUUAAGGAAACUUCUCAAGAUGUGCUUUUCUGGAAAUAUUUCUCAAGCUUAACCUUUGAGAUGUAGGAAUCCUGUGUGUGUGAGAGAGACAGAGCAAGAUACAUACAGGAAACAGCUGCUUGUAACAAGCUAAGAAUAUUAUUCAACGUAUUUUUCCCCUUUUAUUGUUUAUCGUUAGAGAACCCACUAAGUACAUCACUUGAACAUCCACCCGGGUGGUACAUUUUUAGACAUCCAUUGAAGAUGUUGAAUUGGUUUGUGGGAUUUGGGCUUGUAAAGACAUUUGAAUCAAUCCUAGACAAACAACAGCAGGGCUGACAGUCGCACUAGUUUUGUUGCAGUCCAUACAAAGUGUGGUCACAGUGUGUUUGUGUGUGUUUUUGUCUGAGUGUUUGGUCAGGAAAGGCAUGUGUGCAGAUGAAGCACAUUUCUCUGGUAGUGCAGGUGUGAGGCCCCACCCUGCUCCGAGUGCCUUUCUUCAGCAGUGCUGCGUUGUUGUGAAUGUUACUCUAGUUUUACUCAAGGACGCACUGCUCUGCUCCAGCCAGGGACUUGCUACUGAUAUGAUGUGAGGGUGUGGAAGGUGUGUGUGGUAGCUCCUGCUGCAGCCGCACUGCAACGGGUAUUAAUCGACUAUGAGUUUAUGAAAAGAGAAGUCUUUACACAUGGUGGCAACACAACGUUGAAGAUUAGAAUAUGAAAAAAGUUGAUUUACUAUAUUGGCCUAUGAUUUUCCUUCACGGUUUUUCAACGGAUCUAGUUUAUCUUUAUGCAAUUGGUACAGUAUAUAGAUUAGAAAUAUGUCGUUUAUAGUCUGUGCAACUAUUCCGGGCAGGAACUCUGAAUUCUCCCUAUGCAAUUAAGGUCUGGUGUACCCUGACAGGGUAAAGACCUGGGAAUCUUGAUACCUAUUGAUAUUAAUGCAUAAGUUCGUAGUAACUCAACAGUCACUGUCCAGACUCAUGCAGAUAUUUAUUUUACCUACAAUUAGAAUCGGGACUUGAUUAAAAUGGUCACAAGUCCCGUUUAAGUGUCAAGAUUAUUUCUUCAGAGAGACAAAAUACCUAGCAGUACACCAGUCCAAAGUGUAGAAUGACAAGACUUGUAUGUUUGUGAGAGUUUUGGGGGAUCAGUAGAUGGGAAGCCCAGUUCAGUUAGAUCAAUGCAAUGAUUUUACUUUUAUUGUAUUUUGUUUUUCCUAUUCCCCUUAAUGAUCAGUUAGUGGAGUUUUUUUAAUGCAAACUCAAAAAUCGCAGAUGAGGAGACGAGUAGUAAACAGUCUCCAUAAUCCUCUUGUUACUGUAUGAAGAGACAUGGAGCACAGAAUAAUGGAGGCCAGGCCACAACUCUCAGAUGUGUCACAACAUAGUUUUUGUGGUGAAAUGUGCUUAUGUUCACCCAGUGGAUAAAGGUAACUGUUUUUAAGUUUGGUCUCUAUAUUUUACUUUCAACAAACCAGCAGGUAAAAAAAGCUAACUUACAUAGAUGUGAAUACUGAAUACCAAAAAUGAUUUAAACAAGCAGUGCCUGUCAUUUUACUGCUAAUUUCAUUUAUUUGUGGCCAUUGCCCUUCUCAAGCUCUGAUGUACAUAGUCUUUGUACUCUAAAGCUGCUGGGGGUCAUUCUGACUUUGUGUGGGACUCUGUUUGGUGCCUGAGCCCCACUCUCACAUUGGCUUCUGCUCAUAGCUUUCCACACAAACUGUCACAAUGAGGUCCUACAGUACUACCAAGGUGAAGGGCACCCACUAGCCAAUGGCCUUUGGCUAUGGAGGUGAAAAGCCAUACAAAACAAGUGCAGUUAUGAAGAUCUGUUAAUGUUAUUGAUAAUCCAUAUCACAGAUUCACUGACGUCAGGACCGGGAAGCCCCACCCACACAAUAGAGGAGAGAACAAGGCCACAUUUUAAUGAGGGCUCUUUUUACAAAAAAAUACAAUUCCUCACAUGAUCUUCAACUGCUUGGCGCGCCAAACCUUUCUUGGCAAUUCUAUUACUUACAUCUUGUUCUGGACAUGUAUGUUGAUUCCAUCUUUAAACGUGCUGUUUUCUCAGUGUGAUGAAGUUGGUUGGGUGGAGGAGGGAAGAGAUCAAGAUGAUUCUCAGAGAACAUUCUAAUGCAGUGUUACAUUUUAAGGUUUUUUGUUUUUCCUCAUUAUUCUUUACAAAUAUUACCAUAGUAGUUAUUCAUUAAUCGCUUGCUUGCUGCACAGACAUACACACUGCACACCAGGAAAGAGCAUGUGGACAUUUAGUUCUGACACAUCCAGUAGAAUAGAACAGGAACCGGCUUCAUAGCGCACACGGAUCACUUUCAACUGCUUGUGAUUUUAUUUUCCUUUUUGAAACUUUUAGUACAAAAGUAUCAGCAAAAGUCGGUAAUAAAAGUUUUCUGCUAAUUAUUUGAAAUGACUCUCAUACAGGAAAACUAAAGUUGCCAUGUGUUUUUGAACUGGUGUGGGAGAAAUUUACAGCUUUGACAAUAUUUCAUUAUAACAUUGUAUUUAGCCAUCGCUGUUAGCAAAUACAUUACUGGAAGUGAGUAUGUUUCCCUAUGCAAAAAAAGUAUAAAAAAUAAUAAACAAGCUAUGCUACAACUCA